UAAGAGGGAUGCCAAACACAAAUAAGAGUUUAGGACAAUAGGCAAAAAAAUUAUCGGACAAGAUGCGAAGACUCAAUGAUGUUGUUUUAUACAUCUUUAUGUAAAAAGAAUAUUUGAUGAUUUAUGAAUUUUUUUGUUAUAUAUCGUAAGUCAUUUAACAUCUAAUUUGUUCAUCAUUAUUUUGCAUGUUUUAUACUAUUAUACUCGCUUUUUCAGUAAAUUUUACGUGUUAGUGAUAAUCUUUGAUGUUUAUGGAAAGCAUUUCAAUAUAAAUGAUAAAAUAUUUUCGUAAAACUUAGUAAUUUACAUCUUAUACGAUAAUCACUAUAAAAGUUCCUGUUAUUUCUUAUAUUCCACAUUUGAUUUAUAUAAGUAACUAUCAUUUAAUUAUAUAUUUUUACGUUAAUAACCGCAAUUGUUUUCCAUGCGUUCAUGCGUAUUAUCACGCCUGACUGGAUUUUUAUGAAAUACAAAUCUCUCUGUGUUAAAUGUACAAAGGUCUAAGAAUUUUAAAGUCAGAGGAAAUAUGAUUAUCGUAAAUCAAUGUUAUAGAUCUUUCCGCACCUCUCCACGCAUUACCACUACUCUUUCUCGCGGAUGGAUUAUAAUACACCGGAUUGUCAGGCACUGACCGGUUUUAAUCGUAUACCAGUCGCGUCACGAACGUGUUACAGUCUGACUAUCGUGAGCGUCAAAGGCUGAAAAUCACAAUAAUUUAUAAAGUAUAAGACUGAAUAACAAAUCCUGACAGUACGGAGCAAUUCAUCAAUCAUGCGGCUCAAAUUGGACUAUAAAAAGUUCAAGGUCUUGUUUACCAAAUGAGGUUGCUGACCGCCAACAAAAAUGCGGUUUCCUCGAAGAAUAUCUACUGUGUCUCUCAAUCAUGGUAUUUUUUAUAAAAAAAUGUAUGUGCGUUAUAACGCCAGAUCUUGCACAGACAAACAAUUCUUCAAUUACUCCCCAAACUGAAGAUGAGGAAGAUUUUGUACCCUAUCAUGGAGAACGCUUCUCUGCUUUCGAUUGGAUAUUGUUCAGGAAUUUGGCCAAGACGAAUGCAGGGAAUGUAUUACUGUCACCAAUAUCCAUAAAGUUAGCAUUAGUGCUUCUUUAUGAAGGAGCUCAAGAUCAAACCGCACGUGAACUUGCAGAAGUCAUGCAGCUUCCGCUUAGUGUGCUGGCUACUCGAGAGAAGUUUAACAAUAUCUUAAAAUCUUUGCAAGCUCAGUCUCCUGCUUAUGCUUUAAAUAUUGGAUCACGUAUUUAUAUCGAUAAUAAUGUGCUGACCAGACAACGCUACGCAGCGACAAUAAAAACUUUUUAUAAUACUGAUGUGAUCAACGCCAAUUUAUCUGAUACGCAUACAAUUGCGACUAAAGUUAAUUCUUGGGUCAAUAAUAUUACGAAUGGACAUAUUGAAAAAAUGAUAGAUGAUGAAAAGAGUUUGGAGAAUUCGGUGAUGCUGAUCGUGAAUGGAUUAUUCUUCAAAGGUGCUUGGCGCCGCAAGUACUUUGCACCCGAGAACACACGCGUUUCCAAAUUUCACCUCAACCCCAAUCAGAGCGUAAAUGUAUCGUAUAUGCAUUGUGUAGCUCGAUUUUAUUAUGCCGAAUCAUCAAGACUCGAUGCGAAGAUUCUUCGAAUUCCCUAUGAUGGCUCCAAAUUUGCCAUGUAUAUUGUACUGCCACACACGUUGACCGGUGUGAAUCAUAUUGUCAAUCAGAUUAAUUCAUACAUACUCGCGAGCGACAUGUGGAACAUGCAAGAAUUGCCUCUCAACGUUUGGAUUCCGAAAUUCAAAUUCGAAUUCACAAGUCAUUUGGAACAUACUUUGCGUGAGCUUGGUAUUCGCGAUAUCUUCGAUGAUACCGCGUUGUUAACAGGUAUAGCGAAAACAAAACGGGCUUCCAGACAUUUACAAGUGUCUGAUGUGGUGCAUAAAACUGGGAUAGAAGUAAAUGAAAACGGGACAGUUGCUUAUGCUGCAACAGAGGUACAGAUUGGAAAUAAGAUAGAAGAGGGCACAUUCCAUGCUAAUCAUCCAUUUGUGUUUUACAUCGAGGACGAAACCACUGCUACCAUUCUUUAUAUAGGCAUAGUGCAGAAUCCCUUGAGUGCAUCUGGGACUACAGGGAAAAUAUCGCAAGAAUUUCCGUCACGAUUUAAUCCGGAUGCAGCAACAGUAACUCCUAAUCCCGCUGCAACUAGCACCGAAGACCGAUACGCUUUUUUCAACAUCGAUCUCUUGCAGAGAUUGAACGAGGACAUCGAGGGGAAUCUAAUAGUGUCUCCCGCCAGUGCAAAAAUCGGUCUGACGAGUUUGGUGGAAGGCACAGGCGGUCGAACACGUCAAGAAUUGCUUGCGGCUUUAAGAUUACCACCGGAAGAAUAUAUUAUCAGAAGAAUAGCGGAACGCACCCUCAGGCCCUUAAAAAGUCAUCAAAACGGGACGGAAAUCGACGUAGCAACUCGAUUAUGGGUCAAUCCAGCUCUUAUAAUAUCCCCUAACUAUAAGAAUGCCUUGCGUAAUUAUUAUGGAACCGAUAUUCAACAGCUAAAUUUCGGAAAUGCAAAUGUUGCAGCGAGCACGAUCAACAGUUGGGUUCGUGAACAUACACGGAAUAACAUCAAAUCGAUUAUCCAACCUGGUACUCUUCCCGCCGACACCCAGAUACUUUUAACUUCGGCCUUAUACUUUAAAGGACGAUGGUUGAAAUCCUUCGAUAGGUAUGCUACACAUGCACGGUGUUUCCGUGUUCCUCAAUACGGCUGCAAAGACGUUCCUAUGAUGGAGAAUACUGCCCGAUAUCGAUAUGCCUAUAUAGCUCCUCUUGAUGCUGAUGUCGUGGAAAUCCCGUACUCGGAUGGCAGAACAUCUAUGUUGAUAUUCCUUCCAUCUCACGAAGAUAGUGACCCGAAUCUCCAAAUUUUAUCCAAAGAUCUCUCAUAUGUGCCAAUGAGAACUUUACUGAGUAGCCUCAACGAAACUGAAAUAAUGCUCUCUAUUCCACGAUUCAGCAUUGAGAGCAAAUUAGAUUUGCGCUCAUCCUUGAUGCGUAUGGGUAUACUGGACAUUUUCGGUAUGGCAGCGAAUUUUACAGGAAUCAAAUAUAAUGAUUAUUUGCGAAUAGGAAAUAUAAUUCAAAAUGCUAAAAUAGAAGUUGAUGAAGAGGGAACUAUCGCUGCUGCUGUGACAGAAUUCAUGAUUGUACCACUCAUGGCUAAUGUGGCACCAGCUUUUAUAGCAAAUAGACCAUUUAUUUUUGCCAUUGUUGAUCUGGUAACAAGUGAGACUCUUUUUGCUGGUCGUGUCAUAGAUCCUUCUACGAAUAAGUUUGAAAGUAUCUAAAGUUAAACCCAAUACUCAACCUAUUUUAUAUUAAAAUUGCUUUAGACGUAUAAAGUAGUAUUAGUUAUGUAUAUAAUAUUACUUUUUAUAAUGUAUCUAUAUUUUUAGUUACAUAAUAAUGAUUGUUCAUUCUUUUAUACUCCAAUAAACGACAAAAUAAAAUUAA